CUCACACAAGCAUGCUGGCUAUUUCUUCACCAACUCUCUAUUUGCCGCUGCUCCCAAAUCAUUGCCCCGCCCCUCCGUCUCUGCCCCUACAUAUACACCCACCAUGGGAGCUCUUGACUCUGCCUUCAUCCAGGAAGCCGAGCACAGGCCAGACCUCAAGAUGGUCGAAGGCGAAGGCAUACCCUCGAUCGACCUCUCUGACUCGCCCACCAGGACCCGAGAAGAGCUCGCGUCGGAGAUUGGGAAUGCGUGCAAGACGUGGGGUUUCUUCCAAGUGAUCAACCAUGGGGUCCCACUGGGUCUCCGCAAGAGGGUCGAGGAACUGGCCAAAGAGUUCUUCGACCAGCCCCUGGAGGAGAAGACGAAAGUGAAGAGGGACGAGGUUCAUCCCAUGGGGUUUCACGACAGCGAGCACACCAAGAACGUGAGGGACUGGAAGGAGGUUUUUGAUUUCUUCUUGCAGGACCCCACUCUGAUCCCUGCUCUGUCUCACCCUGAGGACAAGUCUCUGAGGGAGCUGACCAAUCAGUGGCCUCAAAACCCCCCACAAUUCAGAGAGACAUGUGAGGAGUAUGCAAGAGAAGUGGAGAAACUUGCGUUCAAGUUGCUGGAACUGAUCUCUCUGAGUUUGGGUUUGCCGGCGGAUAGAUUUAAUGGCUACUUCCAAGAGCAGACCAGCUUUCUCAGGUUCAAUCACUAUCCUCCGUGCCCUCAGCCUGAGUUGGCUCUCGGGGUUGGCCGACACAAGGAUGGUGGGGCCCUGACCGUUCUUUCCCAAGACUCCGUAGGAGGGCUCCAGAUACAGCGGAGGUCGGACGGAGAGUGGGUUUCAGUAAGGCCGGUACCGGAUGCUUAUGUGAUCAAUCUUGGCAAUGCUAUGCAGGUUUGGACAAACGACUUGUACUGGAGUGCGGAGCACAGAGUGGUGGUUAACACACAGAAGGAGAGGUUCUCCAUUCCGUUUUUCUUCUUCCCUGGGCAUCACGUCUCGGUGAAGCCACUGGACGAGAUAACGAACGAGGAGAAUCCUCCCAAGUACAAGGAGUUCAACUGGGGAGUGUUCUUCGCGACGAGAAACCGCAGCGACUACAAGAAGCAGGAUGUCGAGAAUAUCCAAAUCGACCAUUUCAAGGUAUCAGAGUGAUCGCCCUUGAAAUAGGAUCGAUGAAAGGAAAGACGGUCACCAUUUGUGAAGUGGAAGUUGGAGUGGGAGACUGUAGCACUGUGGACGAGACUAUAGCACAUUCGAAUAAAGCGAUAAUUUUUACAUCGAAA